AUGCAGGUUGACGCCGAACGCGCGCGCGAGCUCUCGCUCUUUCGGCCCCUAGGUUACCAGAGAAACUCGUGUGGUUACUGCAAGGCCAAAGAUGGCAGCGCAUCGUACUACACCACCUCCACGUCCGUACACCCGGAACAUUAUGAGGACCUGAUCAACAACGGCUGGCGACGCUCCGGCUCGCUCUACUACAAGCAGAACUUGCUCCAGUCGUGCUGUCCGCACUAUACCCUGCGCUUGGAGGCCGCCGAUUAUCGGCCCCGCCGCGACCAGCGCAAGGCCAUCAACAAAUGGAACAAGUUCAUUUUGGGGCCGGAGUAUAUGCGCAAGGCGGCCCGGCUGUGUCCGCAGACUCGCGCCCAGAAAAAGCAUCGCAAGUGCAACUUUGACGUACUGUCAGCAGUGCAUGCGAGCGAGUAUGACCACAUCAAACGCCCCGUGGACCCGGCGACUAAGCUUCCCAUCGAACCAGCCCACCGGUUCGAGGUCACCAUUGAAGGUGACUCCGUGUCCCAGGCAAAGUUCCAGCUGUUCCUCAAGUAUCAGGCUGCUGUGCAUAAAGAGGAUGUCUCCAACUCCAAGCCUAAAGACUUCCAGCGCUUCUUAUGCACUGGUAUCAAGCGUUCCCCAAAUCCCUUGACGCCUUCGAAUGCCAGCCAGAAGAAACUCGGCUCGUGGCAUCAGUGCUACCGUCUCGACGGUGAGCUCGUUGCUGUCGCGGUUCUAGAUCUGCUACCCACCGGUGUGAGCUCAGUCUACGUGUUUCAUGAUCCAGCCUAUGAGCAAUGGGGGUUCGGCAAGCUAAGCGCCAUGCGCGAAAUUGUGUUCUCUAUUGAGAACCAAUACAAAUAUUACUAUAUGGGAUACUAUAUCCACUCCUGCGUGAAGAUGCGCUACAAGGCCAAUUUCAGGCCACAGUACAUCCUUGACCCUGAGUCUGGUGAAUGGGAUCCACUUGAUGGCGAAUUGACCGAGAAGCUCAACACUCGCUCUUACGUUUCGUUGUCCCGGGACCGGAUGGAUUCUCCUCCUCCAAUGCCCUCCACUGACUCCAGUGCUGACACCGAGGCUUCCCUUUUUGAUAUUGGAAUGCCUGGUGCUCUGACAGUUCCCCAGGUACAGGCAUUGGAUCUUGAUCAUUGGCUGCUAUUCUUCAGGAAAAACUUUGUUCACAUGGAGGACUUGGUUGGUUGGGAGACCAUGUCUAUGACUGAGCCGCAGUCAAUCAAGGGCAUCAUUGCAGAGCUAGCUGCUGUACUAGGCCCUACGAUUGUUCCGAACAGCGCUGUUGACUUAUUUGGUUGA